GCCUGUCCUUUCGUCCCUGUCCAGUCUGAGGACCGGCUGGAGUGUGGGCUGCUGGGUGGGAACCACGUCGUCCUGGGCCCCAGGAAGGAGGCAGACCCAGCAGCCCCCCAACUCACCAUCUGUGCCCCUUGCCUGGGUGCUGCCCCAACCCCUGGUAGACACAGUCCCCCAACCCUGCUAACAUCAUGGACCACUCCUUCAGCGGAGCACCCCGCUUCCUGACGCGGCCAAAGGCUUUUGUGGUAUCUGUUGGCAAGGAUGCCACGCUGAGCUGCCAGAUCGUGGGCAACCCCACGCCACACGUGAGCUGGGAGAAGGACCGGCAGCCAGUGGAGGCAGGAGCACGCUUCCGCCUGGCCCAGGACGGGGAUGUGUACCGCCUCACCAUCCUCGAUCUGGCUCUAGGUGACAGCGGGCAGUACGUGUGUCGAGCGAGGAACGCCAUAGGGGAGGCCUUCGCCGCUGUAGGUUUGCGAGUGGACUCGGAGGGCACGUGUGCCGAGCAGGCGCCCCACUUUCUGCUGCGGCCCACCUCCAUUCGUGUGCGCGAGGGCGCAGACGCCACCUUCCGAUGUCGCGUCGGCGGCUCACCGCAACCUGCUGUGAGCUGGUCCAAAGAUGGGCGGCGCCUAGGUGCACCAGAUGCCCCCCACGUGCGCGUGGAAGAUCGCGGAGAGGCGAGCGCGCUUCGCAUCCGGUCGGCAAGGCCUCGCGAUGGUGGCACCUACGAAGUUCGAGCAGAGAACCCACUGGGCUCCGCCAGCGCUGCCGCCGCUCUCGUGGUGGACUCGGAUGCCGAGGCUGCCGGACCACCCGGAACCUCCGUUGCCACGCUCCUGGCGCACCUGCAGCAGCGGCGCGAGGCCAUGCGCGCAGAGGGCGUCCCUCCUUCUCCACCUGGUGCUGGCACGCGCACCUGCACGGUGACCGAAGGCAAACACGCGCGCCUCAGCUGCUUUGUGACCGGCGAGCCCAAGCCCGAGACAGUGUGGAAGAAGGACGGGCAGCUGGUGAACGAGGGCCGGAGACACGUAGUAUAUGAGGAUGAGCAAGAGAACUUCGUCCUUAAGAUUCUUUUUUGCAAGCAGUCUGAUCGCGGCCUCUACACUUGCACAGCAUCCAACCUCGUGGGCCAGACCUACAGCUCGGUGCUGGUGGUCGUGAGAGAGCCUGCGGUGCCCUUCAAGAAGCGGCUGCAGGACCUGGAGGUGCGAGAGAAAGAGUCUGCCACAUUCCAGUGUGAGGUGGCUCAGCCAGCCACCGAGGCGGCGUGGUUCAAGGAGGAGACCCGGCUAUGGGCCAGCGCCAAGUACGACAUCGAGGAGGAGGGCACCGAGCGCCGGCUGACUGUGCGCAACGUCUCGGCAGACGACGACGCGGUGUACAUCUGCGAGACCACAGAGGGCAGCCGCACGGUGGCAGAGCUCUCAGUUAAAGGAAACUUGACCAGAAAGCUGCCUCGGAAAACAGCAGUGAGGACUGGAGACACAGCCAUCUUUUGGGUGGAGCUGGCUGUCCCCGAAGGCCCUGUCCAGUGGCUACGGAACCAGGAGGAGAUGGUGGCAGGGGGCAGGAUUGCCAUCACUGCAGAAGGCACUUGCCACACACUGACCAUCUUCCAGUGCACCUUGGAGGACAUGGGUGAGGUGGCCUUCGUGGCUGGUGGCUGCAGAACGACUACCCAGUUCUGUGUAUCAGCACCCAGGAGGCCACCCCUGUACCCUCCUGCUGACCCUGUUGUGAAGGCCAAGACAGAGAGUUCUGUGACCCUUAGCUGGUCCCCACCACCCCAUGGGGACCGCCCUGUCACUAUUGAUGGUUAUGUGGUGGAGAAGAGGAAGCUGGGUGCCUAUGCCUGGAGCAGGUGUCAUGAAGCAGAAUGGCUGGCCACAACUGAGUUUACUAUUGCUGGCGUGGCUGAGGAAGGGGACUUCCAGUUCCGAGUGUCAGCCAUCAAUCACUUUGGCCACAGUCCUUACCUUGAGUUUCCAGGGACCAUGCACUUGGUCCCCACGCUGGCUGUAAAGACACCUCUGAAGGCGGUGGAGGCCAUGGAGGGUGGUGAGGUCACUUUCUCCGUGGACCUCACGGUGGCGUCUUCGGGUGAGUGGUUCCUGGACGGGAAGGCCUUGAAAGAGAGCAGUACAUACGUGAUCCGUUGUGACCGUACCCGGCACAUGCUCACCAUCAGAGAGGUGCCUGCCAGCUUGCACGGGGCACAGCUGAAGUUUGUGGCUAAUGGCAUUGAAACCAGCAUCCAAAUGGUGGUCCGAGGGGCUCUGGGGCUGCCCAGCAACAAGCUUCCUGCCGUGGCUGCCCGGGAGGUGCUGGCCCAGCUGCAUGAGGAGGCACAGCUGCUGGCUGAGCUGUCAGACCAGGCUGCGGCUGUGACUUGGCUAAAGGAUGGUCGUGAGCUGUCCCUAGGACCCAAGUAUGAGAUGCAGGUGUCGGCUGGGAAGCAAGCACUGCUGGUGCGGGAUGUGGCACAGGAUGACGCUGGGCUCUAUGAGUGUGUUAGUCGUGGGAGCCGCAUCACCUACCAGCUGUUGGUGCAAGAGGCCAAUUUGAUGUUUGCCAAGAAGCAGCAGGCACGCAGCGAGGUGAAGGCAGAGGUUGGGGCCAGUGCCACACUGAGCUGCGAGGUGGCCCAGGCCCAGACUGAGGUGACAUGGUUCAAGGACGGGAAGAAGCUGAGCUCCAGCUCGAAGGUGCGCAUGGAGGCCUCGGGCUGCUCCAGGAGGCUGGUGGUGCAGCAGGUGGGCAAGGCAGAUGCUGGGGAGUACAGCUGUGAGGCCGGGGGACAGAAGGUCUCCUUCCGCCUGGACGUCACAGAGCCCAAGGUGGUGUUUGCCAAGGGGCAGCAGUCACACAGCAAGGUGAAGGCAGAGGCAGGGGCCAAUGCCACACUGAGCUGCGAGGUGGCCCAGGCCCAGACUGAGGUGACAUGGUUCAAGGACGGGAAGAAGCUGAGCUCCAGCUCCAAGGUGUGUGUGGAGGCCUCGGGCUGCUCCAGGAGGCUGGUGGUGCAGCAGGCGGGCAAGGCGGAUGCUGGGGAGUACAGCUGCGAGGCCGGGGGACAGAAGGUCUCCUUCUGCCUGGACGUGGCAGAGCCCAAGGUGGUGUUUGCCAAGGAGCAGCAGGCACGCAGUGAGGUGAAGGCAGAGGCAGGAGCCAGUGCCACACUGAGCUGCGAGGUGGCCCAGGCCCAGACUGAGGUGUCAUGGUUCAAGGACGGGAAGAAGCUGAGCUCCAGCUCGAAGGUGCGCAUGGAGGCCUCGGGCUGCUCCAGGAGGCUGGUGGUGCAGCAGGCGGGCAAGGCGGAUGCUGGGGAGUACAGCUGCGAGGCCGGGGGACAGAAGGUCUCCUUCCGCCUGGACGUCACAGAACCCAAGGUGGUGUUUGCCAAGGAGCAGCAGGCACGCAGCGAGGUGAAGGCAGAGGCCGGGGCCAAUGCCACACUGAGCUGCGAGGUGGCCGAGGCCCAGACUGAGGUGUCAUGGUUCAAGGACGGGAAGAAGCUGAGCUCCAGCUCCAAGCUGCGUGUGGAGGCCUCGGGCUGCUCCAGGAGGCUGGUGGUGCAGCAGGCGGGCAAGGCAGAUGCUGGGGAGUACAGCUGUGAGGCCGGGGGACAGAAGGUCUCCUUCCGCCUGGACGUCACAGAACCCAAGGUGGUGUUUGCCAAGGAGCAGCAGGCACGCAGCGAGGUGAAGGCAGAGGCCGGGGCCAGUGCCACACUGAGCUGCGAGGUGGCCCAGGCCCAGACUGAGGUGACAUGGUUCAAGGAUGGGAAGAAGCUGAGCUCCAGCUCCAAGGUGCGCGUGGAGGCCUCGGGCUGCUCCAGGAGGCUGGUGGUGCAGCAGGCGGGCAAGGCAGAUGCUGGGGAGUACAGCUGCGAGGCCGGGGGACAGAAGGUCUCCUUCCGUCUGGAUGUGGCAGAACCCAAGGUGGUGUUUGCCAAGGAGCAGCAGGCACGCAGUGAGGUGAAGGCAGAGGCGGGGGCCAGUGCCACACUGAGCUGCGAGGUGGCCCAGGCCCAGACUGAGGUGACGUGGUUCAAGGACGGGAAGAAGUUGAGCUCUAGCUCCAAGGUGCGCGUGGAGGCCUCGGGCUGCUCCAGGAGGCUGGUGGUGCAGCAGGCGGGCAAGGCGGAUGCUGGGGAGUACAGCUGUGAGGCCGGGGGACAGAAGGUCUCCUUCCGCCUGGACGUGGCAGAGCCCAAGGUGGUGUUUGCCAAGGAGCAGCAGGCUCGCAGCGAGGUGAAGGCAGAGGCGGGGGCCAGUGCCACACUGAGCUGCGAGGUGGCCCAGGCCCAGACUGAAGUGAUGUGGUUCAAGGACGGGAAGAAGCUGAGCUCCAGCUCCAAGGUGCGCGUGGAGGCCUCGGGCUGCUCCAGGAGGCUGGUGGUGCAGCAGGCGGGCAAGGCGGAUGCUGGGGAGUACAGCUGUGAGGCCGGGGGACAGAAGGUCUCCUUCCGCCUGGACGUCACAGAGCCCAAGCUGGUGUUUGCCAAGGAGCAGCAGGCAUGCAGUGAGGUGAAGGCAGAGGCCGGGGCCAGCGCCACACUGAGCUGCGAGGUGGCCCAGGCCCAGACUGAGGUGACGUGGUUCAAGGACGGGAAGAAGUUGAGCUCUAGCUCCAAGGUGCGCGUGGAGGCCUCGGGCUGCUCCAGGAGGCUGGUGGUGCAGCAGGCGGGCAAGGCAGAUGCUGGGGAGUACAGCUGUGAGGCCGGGGGACAGAAGGUCUCCUUCCGCCUGGACGUCACAGAGCCCAAGGUGGUGUUUGCCAAGGAGCAGCAGGCACGCAGCGAGGUGAAGGCAGAGGCCGGGGCCAGUGCCACACUGAGCUGCGAGGUGGCCCAGGCCCAGACUGAGGUGACAUGGUUCAAGGACGGGAAGAAGCUGAGCUCUAGCUCGAAGGUGUGCGUGGAGGCCUCGGGCUGCUCCAGGAGGCUGGUGGUGCAGCAGGCGGGCAAGGCGGAUGCUGGGGAGUACAGCUGCGAGGCCGGGGGACAGAAGGUCUCCUUCCGUCUGGACGUAGCAGAGCCCAAGCUGGUGUUUGCCAAGGAGCAGCAGGCACGCAGCGAGGUGAAGGCAGAGGCCGGGGCCAGUGCCACACUGAGCUGCGAGGUGGCCCAGGCCCAGACUGAGGUGACGUGGUUCAAGGACGGGAAGAAGUUGAGCUCUAGCUCCAAGGUGCGCGUGGAGGCCUCGGGCUGCUCCAGGAGGCUGGUGGUGCAGCAAGCGGGCAAGGCAGAUGCUGGAGAGUACAGCUGUGAGGCCGGGGGACAGAAGGUCUCCUUCCGCCUGGAUGUGCCAGAGCCCAAGGUGGUGUUUGCCAAGGAGCAGCAGGCACGCAGCGAGGUGAAGGCAGAGGCCGGGGCCAGUGCCACACUGAGCUGCGAGGUGGCCCAGGCCCAGACUGAGGUGACAUGGUUCAAGGACGGGAAGAAGCUGAGCUCCAGCUCCAAGGUGCGAGUGGAGGCCUCGGGCUGCUCCAGGAGGCUGGUGGUGCAGCAGGCGGGCAAGGCGGAUGCUGGGGAGUACAGCUGCGAGGCCGGGGGACAGAAGGUCUCCUUCCGUCUGGACGUCACAGAGCCCAAGCUGGUAUUUGCCAAGGAGCAGCAGGCACGCAGCGAGGUGAAGGCAGAGGCUGGGGCCAGUGCCACACUGAGCUGCGAGGUGGCCCAGGCCCAGACUGAGGUGACAUGGUUCAAGGAUGGGAAGAAGCUGAGCUCCAGCUCGAAGGUGCGCGUGGAGGCCUCAGGCUGCUCCAGGAGGCUGGUGGUGCAGCAGGCGGGCAAGGCGGAUGCUGGGGAGUACAGCUGUGAGGCCGGGGGACAGAAGGUCUCCUUCCGCCUGGACGUCACAGAGCCCAAGGUGGUGUUUGCCAAGGAGCAGCAGGCACGCAGUGAGGUGAAGGCAGAGGCAGGGGCCAGUGCCACACUGAGCUGCGAGGUGGCCCAGGCCCAGACUGAGGUGUCGUGGUUCAAGGACGGGAAGAAGCUGAGCUCCAGCUCGAAGGUGCGCGUGGAGGCCUCAGGCUGCUCCAGGAGGCUGGUGGUGCAGCAGGCGGGCAAGGCGGAUGCUGGGGAGUACAGCUGCGAGGCCGGGGGACAGAAGGUCUCCUUCCGCCUGGACGUGGCAGAGCCCAAGGUGGUGUUUGCCAAGGAGCAGCAGGCAUGCAGCGAGGUGAAGGCAGAGGCAGGGGCCAGUGCCACACUGAGCUGCGAGGUGGCCCAGGCCCAGACUGAGGUGAUAUGGUUCAAGGAUGGGAAGAAGCUGAGCUCCAGCUCGAAGGUGCGCGUGGAGGCCUCAGGCUGCUCCAGGAGGCUGGUGGUGCAGCAGGUGGGCAAGGCGGAUGCUGGGGAGUACAGCUGCGAGGCCGGGGGACAGAAGGUCUCCUUCCGUCUGGAUGUGCCAGACACCAAACUUAUGUUUGCCAAGGAGCAGCAGGCAUGCAGCGAGGUGAAGGCAGAGGCCGGGGCCAGUGCCACACUGAGCUGUGAGGUGGCCCAGGCCCAGACUGAGGUGACAUGGUUCAAGGAUGGGAAGAAGCUGAGCUCCAGCUCGAAGGUGCGCGUGGAGGCCUCGGGCUGCUCCAGGAGGCUGGUGGUGCAGCAGGCGGGCAAGGCGGAUGCUGGGGAGUACAGCUGCGAGGCCGGGGGACAGAAGGUCUCCUUCCGCCUGGACGUGGCAGAACCAGAGCCUGAGUCCCAAACUCCACAGAGGCCUAGCCGCAGGGAGCCUCUGGUUAUCAAGGAACAUGAGACCAUUGUCCUGAGUGCCACGAUAGCUGCACCCUCUGUGGCUGCUGUGACCUGGCUCAAAGACGGCGUGGAGAUCCGCCGCAGCAAGCGGCAUGAGACCACCAGUGUGGGUGAUACUCAUACCCUGACUGUGAGAGGUGCACAGGUUCUGGACAGUGCCAUCUACAGCUGCCGUGUCGGCAAGGAAGGUCAGGACUUCCCGGUGCAGGUAGAAGAGGUGGCCACCAAGUUCUCCAAACCCCUGGAGCCUGUGGAAGGGGAAUUGGGUGGCACUGUGACGCUGGUCUGUGAGCUGAGCCCGGAACAGGCUGAGGUUGUGUGGCGCUGUGGGAGCACACAGCUGCGGGCGGGCAAGCGCUUCCAGAUGACAGCUGAGGGGUCUAGGCGCACACUGACCGUGUCUGGCCUUCGAGAGGACGACGCAGAGGAGUAUGUGUGUGAGAGCCGGGAUGACCGCACCAGUGCACGGCUCACUGUCAAAGUUCCCCGAGUGGUCAAGUUUACAUCCGGAUUGAGUGCCAUGGCGGCAGAGGAGGGCCAAGAGGCCACCUUUCAGUGUGUCGUGUCCCCCAGCGAUGCAGCAGUCAUGUGGUACAAGGACGGCACGCAGCUGCAGCCUAGCGAGAAGUUUGUUAUGGUGCAGAGUGGGGCCAGCCGAAGCUUGACUAUCUUGGGCCUGACCCUGGAGGAUGCUGGGCAUGUCACUGUGGAGGCUGAGGGUGCUUCAUCAUCUGCUGCCCUCCGGGUCCGAGAGGCACCAGUCCUCUUCAAAAAGAAGCUUGAGCCACAGACGGUGGAGGAGAGGACCCCUGUGACCCUGGAAGUAGAGCUGACUCGCCCCUGGCCCGAGGUGAAGUGGACGCGGAAUGCUGCCGUCCUGGUACCCAGCGAGAACGUGGAAAUCCACGCUGAGGGUGCCCGGCACCGUCUGGUGCUGCGAAGCGUGGGCUUCGCUGACCGUGGCUUCUUUGGCUGUGAGACACCAGAUGACAAGACUCAGGCCAAGCUCAACGUAGAAAUGCGGCAGGUCCGGCUGGUUCGAGGUUUGCAGGAGGUGGAGGCUAAGGAACAGGGCACAGCCUCGAUGGAUGUGGAAUUGUCCCAUGCUGACGUGGAAGGCAGCUGGACUCGAGAUGGCCUGCGACUUCAGCCGGGGCCCAAAUGCCACCUGGCCGUACAAGGCCCUGUCCACAUCCUCACACUCUCAGCGCUGCAGCCACAGGACAGCGGGUUGGUGGCCUUCAGGGCUGAGGGCGUGCACACGUCUGCACGGCUCAUAGUCACUGAGUUGCCCGUGAGCUUCACCAGACUGCUACAGGAUGUGGUGGCCACUCAGAAGGAGAAGGUGACCCUGGAGUGUGAGUUGUCACGGCCCGUCGAUGUGCGCUGGCUGAAGGAUGGUGUGGAGCUGCGGGCAGGCAAGGCCAUAGGCAUAGUGGCUCAGGGAACCUGCAGGAGUCUCGUUAUCUACCGGUGUGAGACUGGGGACCAGGGCGUCUAUGUAUGUGAUGCUCUGGAUGCUCAGACCUCUGCCUCUCUGAGGGUGCAGGGACGCAGUGUUCAGAUUAUGAAGCCCCUAGAGGAUGUGGAGGUGAUGGAGAAGGAGGGUGCCACAUUCUCCUGUGAGGUGUCCCAUGAUGAGGUUCCUGGCAUAUGGUUCCGAGAAGCCACUAAGCUACGGCCCAGUGACAAUGUGCGCAUCCGGCAGGAAGGGAGGACAUAUACUCUCAUCUUCCGGAGGGUACUGGCAGAAGAUGCGGGGGAGAUCAAGUUUGUAGCUGAAAAUGCAGAAUCAAGGGCUCACCUCCGAGUGAAAGAACUGCCUGUGACCCUCCUGCGCCCACUACGGGACAAGAUUGCCAUGGAAAAACACCGUGGCGUGCUUGAGUGCCAGGUGUCCCGGGCUAGUGCCCAGGUGCGGUGGUUCAAGGGCAAAGUCGAGCUGCAGCCUGGGCCCAAGUAUGAGGUGGUCAGCGACGGCCUUUACCGCAAACUGGUCAUCAAUGAUGUGCAGCCCGAGGACGAAGAUACUUACACCUGUGAUGCUGGCGAUGUGAAGACCAGUGCCCAGUUCUUCGUGGAAGAGCAAUCCAUCACUAUUGUGCGGGGGCUGAAGGACAUGACAGUUAUGGAGCCUGCCCCUGCCUGGUUUGAAUGUGAGACCUCCAUUCCUUCUGUGAGGCCACCCAAGUGGCUCCUUGGUAAGACUGUGCUACAGGCAGGGGGGAACGUGGGGCUGGAGCAAGACGGUACUGUGCACCGACUGACACUUCACAAGACCUGCUCUACCAUGACCGGGCCUGUGCACUUCACCAUCGGCAAGUCCCGCUCCACUGCCCAGCUUGUUGUCUCAGACAUUCCUGUGGUAUUGACAAGGCCUCUGGAGCCCAAAGCAGGGCGCGAGCUGCAGUCGGUCGUCCUGUCCUGUGACUUCAGGCCAGCCCCCAAGGCUGUGCAGUGGUACAAGGAGGAUACACCUCUGUCCCCGUCAGAAAAGUUCAAGAUGGUGCUGGAGGGCCAGAUGGCAGAGCUGCGUAUACUCCGGCUUACUCCAGCUGAUGCUGGGGUCUACCGGUGCCAGGCGGGUAGUGCCCAGAGCAGUGCCGAGGUUACUGUGGAAGCUCGGGAGGUGACAGUGAUCCAGCCACUGCAGGAUGUGGAAGCCAUGGAGGAAGGCCGGGUCUGCUUCUCCUGUGAGCUAUCUCAUAAGGACGAGGAUAUCGAAUGGUCACUCAAUGGUACACCCCUGUACUCGGACAGCUUCCACGAGAUCAGCCAUGAGGGCUGUCUCCACACGCUGGUGCUGAAGAGUGUCCGGCAGGCUGACACGGGCACCGUGUGUGCCACCUCUCCCAAGGUGUCAGUUUCUGCCCGGCUGGUGGUUAAAGCAAAGCCAGUGGUGUUCCUAAAAGCACUGGAUGACGUAUCUGCAGAAGAGCGGGGCACGCUGACCCUGCAGUGCGAGGUCUCCGACCCGGAGGCGCGUGUGGUUUGGCGCAAAGAUGGUGUGGAGUUGGGUCCCAGCGACAAGUAUGACUUCCUACACAAGGCAGGUGUUCGGAGCCUUACGGUCCAUGACAUGAGCCACGAGGAUGCUGGACUGUACACCUGCCAGGUGGGCAGUAAGGAGACCCAGUCCAGGGUCAGCGUGCAUGACCUUCAUGUGGGCAUCACCAAGAGGUUAAAGACGGUGGAGGUGCUGGAGGGAGAGAGCUGCAGCUUUGAGUGUGUCCUCUCCCAUGAGAGUCCCAGUGACCCAGCAGUGUGGACAGUUGGUGGGAAGAUAGUGCGUAGUUCUGACCACUUCCAGGCCGUACGGCAGGGCCGCAAAUACACUCUGACAGUCAAAGAUGCUGCCCUCAGUGAUGCAGGAGAGGUGGUCUUCUCAGUGCUGGGCCUCACAUCCAAGGCCUCGCUCAUCAUCAGAGAGAAGCCAGUGGACAUCACAAAGCCCCUGGAGGACCAGCACACUACGCCUGGGGAAGAUGUGAUGCUAAGCUGCGAGCUCUCUAGGGCAGGCUCCUCCGUGCGCUGGCUGAAAGACGGGAAGGCCAUCCGGAAGAGUCAGAAGUAUGACCUGCUCAUUGAAGGCACACAGGCUGUGUUGGUUGUCCGAAAGGCCUCGCUCAAGGAUUCUGGAGAAUACACCUGUGAGACAGAAGCCUCCAGAAGCACUGCCAGGCUGUGUGUGGAAGAAAAGACAAACCGGUUCACGGAGGAGCUGGCUGACCUGCAGGUAGAAGAGAAGGGCAGAGCUGUGUUCACAUGCAAGACAGAGCAACCGGCAUCUAUUGUGACCUGGCGCAAAGGCCUCCUGGAGCUGCGCGCCUCAGGGAAGCAUGUCCCCAGCCAGGAGGGUUUGACCCUGACGCUUACUAUCAAUGCCCUGGAGAGGACAGACAGUGACACUUACACCUGUGACAUUGGCCAAGCCCGGACCCAGGCCCGGCUCCUCGUCCAUGGCCAGAAAGUACGAGUCAUUGAGGACCUAGAGGACACCGCUGUCCAGGAGGGCUCCUCUGCCAAGUUUUGCUGCCGCAUCUCCCCUGCUGACUACGGCCCUGUGCACUGGUUCCUGGAUAAGACCCCUUUGCACAGCAACGAGCUGAACGAGAUCACUGUCCAGUCCGGAGGCUACCACGUGCUCACCCUGCGGCAGCUGACGCUCAAGGAUUCAGGCACGGUCUACUUCGAGGCGGGUGACCAGCGGACCUCAGCUGCCCUGCGGGUGACUGAGAAGCCGAGCAUCUUCUCUCGGCCACUCACAGAUGUCACAGUCACAGAAGGCGAGGACCUGACUCUCGUCUGUGAAACCACCACCCCGGAUAGCUCUGUGCGCUGGACCAAAGAUGGGAAGACACUGAGGCCAUCUGCACGAUGCCAGCUGAACCGCGAAGGCUGUCAGGCCCAGCUGGUCAUCACUGGCACUACCCUACAGGAUGGCGGGCGGUACAAAUGUGAGGUGGGCGGAGCCUCCAGCAGCUCCAUUGUCAGGGUUCACGCUCGGCCAGUGCGGUUCAGGGAGUCCCUGAAGGACAUGGAGGUGCCAGAGGGCAAGGCUGCCACACUACGCUGUGUGCUGUCAUCCGUGGCUGCACCUGUGGAGUGGCGUCACGGAGAUGAUGUCCUGAAAUCCAGCAACAAGUAUAGCCUGCGCCAAGAGGGUGCUGUGCUGGAACUGGUCAUCCGAGACCUGAAGCCCCAGGACAGCGGGCAGUACUCAUGCUCCUUUGGGGACCAGACAACUUCAGCCACACUCACAGUGAAAACCUCGUCUGCCCAGUUCAUAGGAAAACUGAGAAACAAGGAGGCCACAGAAGGGACCAUGGCCACACUUCGGUGUGAGCUGACCAAAGAGGCCCCCGUGGAAUGGAAGAAGGGAACAGAGACCCUGAGAAAUGGGGACAAAUACAGUCUGAAGCAGGAUGGAGCUGUGUGUGAACUGCAGAUCUGUAACCUGCUUGUGGCAGACGCGGGGGAGUACUUGUGUGUAUGCGGGCAGGAGAAGACUUCAGCCACGCUGACUGUCAAGGCCGUUCCUGUCCACUUUAUCAGAAGGCUCAGGAACAAGGAGGCCACAGAAGGGGACACGGUCACACUGCAGUGUGAACUGAGCAAGGCGGCCCCCGUGGAGUGGAGGAAGGGAACAGAGACCCUGAGAGAUGGGGACAGAUACAGCCUGAAGCAGGAUGGGGCCGUGUGUGAGCUGCAGAUCCGCAGCCUGGCUGUAGCAGAUGCUGGAGAGUACUUGUGCAUGUGUGGACAGGAAAAGACCUCAGCCACACUGACCAUCAGGGCCCUUCCGGCUAAGUUCAUAGAAAGUCUGAAGAAUGAAGGGGCCACAGAAGGAACCACAGCCACGCUGAGCUGCAAACUGAGCAAGGCGGUUCCGGUGACGUGGAAGAGAGGAACAAAGACCUUGCGAGACGGAGACAAAUAUGGCCUGAGGCAGGACGGAGCUGUGUGUGAGCUGCAGAUCCGUGGCCUGACCACAGCCGAUGCUGGGGAGUACUCAUGUGUGUGUGGGCAGGAGAAGACAUCAGCUGCUCUGACUGUCAAGGGCUUGCCUGCCAAGUUUAUAGAAGAUCUAAGAAGCCAAGAGGCCAUGGAAGGGGCCACGGCAAUCUUAAGAUGUGAGCUGAGCAAGGCGGCCCCUGUGGAGUGGAGGAAGGGGUCCAAGAUCCUGGAAGAUGGGGACAGAUACACCCUGAGGCAGGACGGGGCCGUGUGUGAACUGCAGAUCCGUGGUCUGGCUGUGGUGGAUACUGGGACGUACUCAUGUGUGUGUGGGCAGGAGAAGACCUCGGCCACACUGAAUAUUAAUGCCCUGCCUGCCAAGUUCACAGAGGGUCUGAGGAAUGAAGAGUCCAUGGAAGGCACCAUGGUGACUCUGAGGUGCCAGAUGAGCAAGGUGACCCCUGUGGAGUGGAGGAAGGGGUCAGAGACCCUGAGAGAUGGGGGCAGAUACAGCCUGAGGCAGGAUGGGGCCGUGUGUGAGCUGCAGAUCCGUGGCCUGAUUCUGGAAGAUGCUGGGGAGUACUCAUGCGUGUGUGGGCAGGAGAAGACGUCAGCCACACUGAGUGUCAAGGCCCUGCCCCCCAGAUUCAUAGAAGACUUGAGAAGCCAAGAGGCCAUGGAAGGCACCAUGGUGACUCUGAGGUGCCAGAUGAACAAGGCAGCCCCUGUGGAGUGGAGGAAGGGGUCAGAGACCCUGAGAGAUGGGGGCAGAUACAGCCUGAGGCAGGAUGGGGCCGGGUGUGAGCUGCAGAUCCAUCGCCUGGCUCUGGAAGAUGCUGGGGAGUACUCAUGCGUGUGUGGGCAGGAGAAGACGUCAGCCACACUGAGUGUCAAGGCCCUGCCCCCCAGAUUCAUAGAAGACUUGAGAAGCCAAGAGGCUACGGAAGGCACCAUGGUGACUCUGAGGUGCCAGAUGAACAAGGCACCUUCCUCCACUGUAGAGUGGAGGAAGGGGUCUGAGAGUCUGAGAGAUGGGGGCAGAUACAGCCUGAGGCAGGAUGGGGCUGUGUGUGAGCUGCAGAUCCGAGGCCUGACUCUAGAAGAUGCUGGGGAGUACUCAUGCGUGUUUGGGCAGGAGAGAACGUCAGCCACACUGAGUGUCAAGGCCCUGCCUCCCAGAUUCAUAGAAGACUUGGGAAGCCAAGAGGCCAUGGAAGGCACCAUGGUGACUCUAAGAUGCCAGAUGAGCAAGACAGCCCCUGUGGAGUGGAGGAAGGGGUCAGAGACCCUGAGAGAUGGGGGCAGAUACAGCCUGAGGCAGGAUGGGGCCUUGUGUGAGCUGCAGAUCCAUCGCCUGGCUCUGGAAGAUGCUGGGGAGUACUCAUGCGUGUGUGGGCAGGAGAAGACGUCAGCCACACUGAGUGUCAAGGCCCUGCCCCCCAGAUUCACAGAAGACUUGAAAAGCCAAGAGGCCACAGAAGGCACCAUGGUAACUCUAAGGUGCCAGAUGAGCAAGGUGACCCCUGUGGAGUGGAGGAAGGGGUCAGAGACCCUGAGAGAUGGGGGCAGAUACAGCCUGAGGCAGGAUGGGGCCGUGUGUGAGCUGCAGAUCCAUCGCCUGGCUCUGGAAGAUGCUGGGGAGUACUCAUGCCUGUGUGGGCAGGAGAAGACGUCAGCCACACUGAGUGUCAAGGCCCUGCCUCCCAGAUUCAUAGAAGACUUGAGAAGCCAAAAGGCCACAGAAGGCACCAUGGUGACUCUGAGGUGCCAGAUGAGCAAGGUGGCCCCUGUGGAGUGGAGGAAGGGGUCUGAGAGCCUGAGAGAUGGGGACAGAUACAGCCUGAGGCAGGAUGGGGCCAUGUGUGAGCUGCAGAUCUGUGGCCUGGCUGUAGAAGACAGUGGGGAGUACUCGUGCGUGUGUGGGCAGGAGAGGACAUCAGCCACACUGACUGUAGAUGCACUGCCCCCCAAGUUCACAGAGGGUCUGAAAAAGGAAGAGGCCACAGAAGGGAACAUGGCGACUCUGAGGUGCCAGAUGAGCAAGGCGGCCCCUGUGGAGUGGAGGAAGGGGUCAGAGACCCUGAGAGAUGGGGGCAGAUACAGCCUGAGGCAGGAUGGGGCCGCGUGUGAGCUGCAGAUCCGUGGUCUGGCUCUGGAAGAUGCUGGGGAGUACUCAUGCCUGUGUGGGCAGGAGAAGACGUCAGCCACACUGAGUGUCAAGGCCCUGCCCCCCAGAUUCAUAGAAGACUUGAGAAGCCAAGAGGCCACAGAAGGGAACAUGGUGACUCUAAGGUGCCAGAUGAGCAAGGUGACCCCUGUGGAGUGGAGGAAGGGGUCAGAGACCCUGAGAGAUGGGGGCAGAUACAGCCUGAGGCAGGAUGGGGCCGUGUGUGAGCUGCAGAUCCAUCGCCUGGCUCUGGAAGAUGCUGGGGAGUACUCAUGCCUGUGUGGGCAGGAGAAGACGUCAGCCACACUGAGUGUCAAGGCCCUGCCCCCCAGAUUCACAGAAGACUUGAGAAGCCAAAAAGCCACGGAAGGCACCAUGGUGACUUUAAGGUGCCAGAUGAGCAAGGCAGCCCCUGUGGAGUGGAGGAAGGGGUCUGAGACCCUGAGAGAUGGGGGCAGAUACAGCCUGAGGCAGGAUGGGGCCGUGUAUGAGCUGCAGAUCCGAGGCUUGGCUCUGGAAGAUGCUGGGGAGUACUCAUGUGUGUGUGGGCAGGAGAAGACCUCAGCCACACUGAGUGUCAAGGCCCUUCCAGCCAGAUUCAUAGAAGAUUUGAGAAGCCAAGAGGUCCCGGAAAGUUCAACAGUCACAAUGCGGUGUGAGCUAAGCAAGAAGGCCCCUGUGGUGUGGAGGAAAGGGUCUGAGACCCUGAAAAAUGGGGCCAGGUACAGCCUGAGACAGGAUGGUGCUGUGUGUGAGCUGGAGAUCCGUGACCUGACUGUGGAAGAUGCUGGAGAGUACUCAUGCACAUGUGGGAAGGAGAGGACCUCAGCCACACUGAGCAUUAUGGCUCCACAGGUGGUGUUCCAGAAGUUACUGGAGAAUCUGCAAGCAGAAGAAGGCUCCACAGCCAGCCUGCGGUGUGAGCUGUCAGUCCCCAACACUGCUGUGGUCUGGAGCAAGGGCGGCCUGGAGCUGCAGGCUGACACAUGCCGAGAGACACGGCAGCAGGGCUGCGUUGCAGAACUGCUGCUUAGGGACGUGCGCCGUGAGGACGCGGGCGAGUACAGCUGUACCUGUGGUUCCCAGACCACAAGUGCCACACUCAUGGUCACAGCUGCUCCUGUGAGGUUCCUCCAGGAGCUACAGGCCCAGGACGUAGAUGAAGGGACCACCGCACGCCUGCGCUGUGAGCUGAGCCGGGAGGCUGCGAGUGUGGAAUGGCGCAAGGGCUCCUUGCAGCUUUUUCCUUGUGCUAAGUAUCAGAUGGUGCAGGAGGGCACAACUGCAGAGCUGCUAGUCCAUGGGGUGGAGCAGGAGGAUGCAGGGGAAUACACCUGCGAUGCAGGACACAUGCAGAGCAUUGCCAGGCUCUCCGUCCGAGCCCCCAAGCCCAAGUUCAAGACCGGCCUACAGAGCAAAGAGCAAGAAGCAGGUGGCACAGCACGGCUGUGUUGUCAACUGAGCGAAGCUGAGUCGGGGACUCCAGUACAAUGGCUCAAAGAGGGGGUGGAGCUGCAUGUCAGCUCCAAGUACGAGAUGCGGUGCCAAGGGGCUAUGUGUGAGUUGCUGAUCCACAAGCUGGAGGCCAAGGACACUGGUGAAUAUGCCUGCGUGGUGGGUGGCCAGAAGACCUUGGCCUCCCUCAGAGUCAAAGAGCCUGAGGUGACCAUUGUGCAGGGACUGGUGGACAUGGAGGUGCAGGCUGAUGAGGAUGUGGAGUUCACUUGCAAGGUGUCACAGGCAGGAGCCACAGAUGUGCAGUGGCAUCUCCAAGGUCUGCCACUGCAGAGCAAUGAAGUGACAGAGGUGGCUGUUCUUGGAGACGGCUGUACCCAUGUGCUCCAGUUGAAGGGUGUGACACUGGAUGAUGCUGGUACUGUCUCCUUCCACGUGGGCAGCCAUUCAUCUUCUGCUCAGCUCAUAGUCCGAGUCCCCGAGGUGACCGUUCUGGAGCCCCUGAAGGAUGUGCAGCUCAGCGAGGGCCAGGAUGCCCAUUUCCAGUGCCGGCUGUCCAGGGCUUCGGGCCAGGAGGCUCGCUGGGCUUUGGGAGGAGUUCCCUUGCAGUGCAAUGAGAUGAAUGACAUCACUGUGGAGCAGGGCACACUCUACUCGCUCACUCUGCACAAGGUGACCCUCGAGGAUGCCGGAACCAUCACUCUCCAAGUGGGCUCAUGCUCCUCAGAGGCCCAGCUGAAGGUCACAGAGGCAGCACUGUGCCUGGUACGAGGCUUGCAGAAUGUGGAUGUCUUCGCGGGGGAGGUGGCCACGUUCUCCUGUGAGGUAUCUCGAGCAGGUGGGCCAGAGGCCCGCUGGUGGCUGGAUGGCACCCUGCUUCAGAACAGCCCUGAGAGUGCCAUGACUGUACGAGAGGGUACUGUUCACUCCCUCACGCUCUCGGGCCUGGGGGUGGCUGACUCAGGCACCAUCACCUUCCGCACGGGGCCCCUGGUCUCCACAGCCAAGUUAUUGGUCAAAGAUCCCACAGUGGAGGUGGUGAGUGCCAUGCAGGACCUGGUGGUGGAGGAGGGUGGCUCGGCCGAGCUCCUCUGCCAGUACUCGCGGCCCGUGCAGGCCAUGUGGAAGAUGAACGAGCGGGAGGUGUGCGCGGAUGGGCACCGUGUCAUCAUAGAGCAGGACUGGACCGUAGCCAGGCUGACCCUCAGGCCGGCCCUGCCCUGUGACAGUGGCAUCUAUUCUUGUGAGGCUGCGGGCACUCGAGUUGUGGCACUGCUCCAAGUGCAAGCCAAGAACACAGUGGUGCGUGGCCUGGAGAAUGUGGAUGCACUGGAGGGCGGCGAAGCUCUGUUCGAGUGUCAGCUGUCCCAGCCGGAAGUGGCUGCCCACACCUGGUUACUAGACGAUGAGCCUGUGCACACAUCAGCAAACGUGGAGGUGGUCUACUUUGAGAACGGACUGCGCCACUUGCUUUUGCUCAAAAACCUGAAGCCACAGGACAGCUGCCGAGUGACCUUCCUGGCAGGGGACGUGGUCACGUCUGCCUUCCUCACUGUGAGAGGCUGGCGCUUGGAGGUCCUGGAGCCCCCACAAGACGCAUCUGUGAAAGCUGGUACGCAGGUCUGCUUCACUUGCAUACUAAGUGAGGCCCUGCCUGUGGGCGAGGCUACUUGGUACAUCAACGGGGCUGCCAUCCAACCUGAUGACGCUGACUGGAUAGUCACCGCAGAUGGCAGCCACCAUGCCCUGACGCUGAGCAACGCCCAGCCCCAGCACGCAGGAGAGGUCACAUUUGCAGCACGUGACGCCGUGGCCUCUGCACGCCUCUCUGUGUUGGCUCUCCCUGGUCCCCCUGAAGAUGCUGAAGUAGUGGGUCGAAGUGACCACUCUGUGACCCUAUCCUGGGUGGCUCCCGUGAGUGACGGCGGCGGCGGUCUAUGUGGUUAUCGUGUGGAGAUGAAGGAGGCAUCCACAGGCCAGUGGCAGUUGUGCCAUGAGUUGGUACCUGGCCCAGAGUGUGUGGUGGACGGCCUGGUCUCUGGGAAGACCUACCGCUUCCGAGUGGCAGCCGUGGGUCCGGCAGGAGCUGGGGAGCCUGUACAUCUGCCCCAGAUGGUCAAGAUAGCAGAGCCAAUGGAACCUAAACCAGCCCCAGCCCCAGCCCCUGCCCUAGCCCCAACCCCAGCUCCAAUCCCAACCCCAGCCCCAGCCCCAGCCCCAGCCCCAACCCCAGCCCCAACCCCAACCCCAGCCCCAGCCCCAGCCCCUGCCCCAGCCCCAGCAACACGGCGAGCAGUGGUUGGUGAAGAUGUGUGUCUGGAGCUGGAAGUGGCAGCUGAUGCUGGCGAGGUCGUCUGGCACAAGGGAACAGAGCGCAUCCAUCCCAGUGGGCACUUUGAGGUCCUCUCUCAGGGUCAGCGGCAGAUGCUGGUGAUCAAGGGCUUUAGGACCGAAGACCAGGGGGAGUACCGCUGUGGUCCCAUCCAGGGCCUGCCCUCCUCAGGAGCUUCUACUUUCAAUGUGGUCGUGACCUCGGGCUCGGAGGAUGAGGUCCCUGCACAGCCCAGCCUGCCUCCCGAGGCAGCCCAGGAGGGUGACCUGCAUCUGCUUUGGGAGGCCCUUGCUCGGAAGCGUCGCAUGAGCCGGGAGCCCACGCUGGACUCCAUCAGUGAGCUGCCCGAGGAAGACAGCCGUGUGCAGCAUCUGCGGCAGGAGGCAGAAGAGGCGGCUCCUGACCUCUCUGAGGGCUACUCCACAGCCGAUGAGCUCGCACGCACAGGAGAAGCUGACCUCUCACACACCAGCUCUGAUGACGAGUCUCGGGCUGGCACCCCUUCCCUAAUUACCUACCUCAAGAAGGCCGGGGGUCCUGGGAUCUCACCCUUGGCCAGCAAGCAUGAGGCCCAGGUGGCCACGUCUGUGAAGCCACAAAAGCAGCAGGAGCGGGUUGUGCCCACAUGCCCACUGCCGGGAGAUUUGAACGCAGCAGAUUUGAAGGAUCCAUCCCUGGACAAGGCCGCUGUGAAGAUCCAGGCUGCCUUUAAGGGCUACAAAGUGAGGAAGGAGAUGAAGCAGCAGGGAGGCCCCGUGUUCUCACGGACAUUUGGGGACACAGAGGCACAGGUUGGGGAUGCGCUGCGGCUGGAGUGUGUGGUGUCCACCAAGGCUGACGUGCGGGCCUGCUGGUUGAAGGAUGGCGUAGAGUUAACAGAUGGGCGCCAUUACCACAUAGACCAGCUCAAGGACGGUACCUGCUCUCUGCUGGUCACUGGCCUGGGCCCCACUGACUCUGGUCGCUACACCUGUCAGGUGAGCACCAAGUUUGGAAGCGUGAGCCACAGUGCCUGCGUAAUGGUCAGUGGGACAGAAAGUGAGGCUGAGAGCUCCUCAGGAGGUGAGCUGGACGAUGCCUUCCGCCGGGCAGCACGACGCCUGCAUCGUCUCUUCCGAACCAAGAGCCCAGCUGAGCUUUCAGAAGAGGAGCUCUUCCUCAGUGCUGACGAAGGCCCCAUGGAGCCAGAGGAGCCUGCAGACUGGCAAACAUACCGAGAGGAUGAAAACUUUGUGUGCAUCCGUUUUGAGUCACUUGCAGAGGCCCACCGGGCAGUCACCUGCUUCCGUGACAUGUUUGCCACCAUGGGCAUCGGGGUGGAGAUCAGCCUAGGGGAGCAGGGGCCCCGGGGAGUGGAGAUGCGCAUUGGCAAGGUGGCCCCCACUGUCAUCCCUGCGGUGCCACUUGCAAAGACACCUGGCCUGCAGACUUCAGAUGCUGCCCCAGUGUUCCUGACGGAGCUGCAGAACCAAGACGUGCAGGACGGAUACCCCAUGAGCUUCGACUGCGUGGUAACAGGCCAGCCUGUGCCCAGUGUGCGCUGGUUCAAGGACGGGAAGUUGCUAGAAGAGGAUGACCACUACAUGAUCAACGAGGACCAACAGGGGGGUCACCAGCUCAUCAUCACAGCCGUGGUGCCGGCAGACAUGGGAGUGUACCGCUGCCUGGCGGAGAACAGCAUGGGCGUCUCCUCCACCAAGGCUGAGCUUCGUGUGGAAUUGACCAGCACAGACUAUGACACUGCUGCUGAUGCUACCGAGACCUCAUCCUACUUCAGCGCCCAGGGAUACCUGUCCAGCCGGGAGCAAGAGGGGACGGAGUCAGAUGAGGGGCAGCUUCCCCAGGUGCUGGAGGAACUGAAAGACCUCCAGGUGGCCCCUGGCACACGCCUGGCCAAGUUCCAGCUCAAGGUGAAAGGUUAUCCAGCUCCCAAACUGUACUGGUUCAAAGAUGGCCAGCCCCUGACCACAUCUGACCACAUCCGCAUGACUGACAAAAAGACCCUGCACACCCUGGAGAUUGUCUCCAUCACCCGAGAGGACAGCGGCCAGUACGCGGCCUACAUCAGCAAUGCUGUGGGUGCCGCCUAUUCGUCAGCCCGGCUGCUGGUCCGAGGUCCCAGUGAACCAGAAGAGAAGCCACAACCAGAUGUUCAUGAGAGGCUGGUGCCACCCCGAAUCCUGGAGAAGUUCACCCCCAAGAAAGUGAAGAGGGGCUCCAGCAUCACCUUUUCAGUGAAGGUGGAAGGACACCCGGCCCCCAGUGUGCAUUGGCUCAAGGAGGAGGCAGAGAAGGGAGUCCUGUGGAUUGGCCCUGAUACCCCUGGCUACACGAUGGCCAGUUCUUCCAAGCAACAUAGCCUGGUCCUGCUGGACGUAGGCCGACAGCACCAGGGCACCUACACGUGCAUUGCCACCAAUGCUGCUGGCCAGGCGCUCUGCUCUGCCAGUCUGCACAUCUCUGGCUUGGCCAAAGAAGAGGAGCAGGAGAGAGUGAAGGAGGCUCUCAUUUCCUCCUUCCUGCAAGGGACGAGCCAAGCUGUCUCAGCCCAGAUGUCAGAAUCUGCAAGUUUUGCUGAUCUUGUCGGGCAAAGGAAAGGUGAGUCCCUGGUGGCUGAGGAGGCCCACAGUCACCUGUCCCUUUCUGAGGUGGGCACAGAAGAGUUCCUGCAGAAACUCACCUCACAGAUCACCGAGAUGGUAUCAGCCAAGAUCUCGCAGGCCAAACUCCAGGUGCCUGGAGGUGACAGUGAUGAGGAGUCUAAGACACCAUCUGCUUCUCCUCGGCACGGCCGGUCACGUCCUUCCUCCAGUGUUCAAGAGUCUUCCUCAGAGUCAGAGGAUGGAGACUCCCGUGGUGAGAUCUUUGACAUCUACGUGGUCACAGCUGAUUAUCUGCCCCUGGGAGCUGAGCAGGAUGCCAUCAUCCUGAGAGAAGGCCAGUAUGUGGAGGUCCUGGACUCAGCCCAUCCCCUGCGCUGGCUUGUACGCACCAAGCCCACCAAAUCCAGCCCUUCCAGGCAGGGCUGGGUGUCACCUGCCUACCUGGACAAGAGGCUCAAGCUAUCUCCUGAGUGGGGGCCCACUGAGGCCCCUGAGUUCCCUGGCGAGGCUGUGUCUGAGGAUGAGUAUAGAACGAGGCUGAGCUCUGUCAUCCAGGAGUUGCUGAGUUCAGAGCAGGCUUUUGUGGGUGAGUUACAGUUCUUGGAGAGCCACCACAUCAAGCACCUGGACCGAUCUCCCCGUGUACCCGCAGCUGUGGCCAGCCAGAAGACGGUCAUCUUUCGUAAUGUGCAGGACAUCAGCCAUUUCCACAGCAGCUUCUUGAAGGAGCUGCAGAGCUGUGGCACCGACGAUGAUGUAGCCAUGUGCUUCAUCAAGAACCAGGAGGCCUUUGAGAAGUACCUUGAGUUCCUGGUGGGCCGGGUGCAAGCGGAAUCAGUGGUCGUCAGCACCCCAGUCCAGGAGUUCUACAAGAAAUAUGCAGAAGAGAUGCUGUCAGCCAAGGACCCCACACAGCCACCCCCACCUCCUCUUCAGCACUACUUGGAGCAGCCAGUGGAACGGGUGCAGAAAUACCAGGCCUUGCUGAAGGAGCUAAUCCGCAACAAGGCUCGCAACCGGCAGAACUGUGCGCUGCUGGAGCAGGCCUACGCUGUGGUGUCUGCCCUGCCUCAGCGUGCUGAGAACAAGCUGCACGUUUCUCUCAUGGAGAACUACCCGGGAACCCUGGAGGCCCUGGGAGAACCUAUCCGCCAGGGUCACUUCAUAGUGUGGGAGGGGGCUCCAGGAGCCCGGAUGCCUUGGAAGGGCCACAACCGGCAUGUCUUCCUCUUCCGAAACCACCUGGUGAUCUGCAAGCCCCGGAGAGACUCUCGAACGGACACCUUCAGCUACGUGUUCCGGAACAUGAUGAAGCUGAAUAGCAUCGACCUGAAUGACCAGGUAGAGGGGGAUGACCGUGCCUUUGAGGUGUGGCACGAGCGGGAAGACUCUGUCCGCAAGUACCUGCUGCAGGCGCGGACAGUGAUCAUCAAAAACUCAUGGGUGAAGGAGAUCUGUGGCAUCCAGCAGCGCCUUGCCCAGCCCGUGUGGCGUCCCCCUGAGUUUGAAGAAGAACUAGCUGACUGCACAGCCGAGCUGGGUGAAACAGUCAAGCUAGCAUGCCGAGUGACUGGCACACCUAAGCCUAUUGUCAGCUGGUACAAAGAUGGGAAGCCCGUGGAGGUGGACCCACACCACAUCCUCAUUGAAGACCCUGAUGGCUCCUGUACCCUCAUCUUGGACAACCUUACUGGCAUAGACUCUGGCCAGUACAUGUGUUUUGCGGCCAGUGCUGCUGGCAAUGCCAGCACCUUGGGGAAGAUUCUAGUACAAGUGCCCCCACGAUUUGUGAACAAGGUCCGAGCCACACCCUUUGUGGAGGGAGAGGACGCGCAGAUCACCUGCACAGUGGAAGGAGCUCCGUACCCUCAGAUCAGGUGGUACAAGGACGGUGCCCUGCUAACCCUGGGCAACAGGUACCGGAUGGUGAAUGAGCCCCGCAGUGGUAUGCUGGUGCUGGUGAUCCAGGCAGCCAGCAAGGAGGACCUGGGACACUAUGAAUGUGAGUUGGUGAACCGGUUGGGCUCAACACGUUGUGGCGGAGAAUUAUACAUGCAGAGUCCCGCACUGCGUGCCUGGGACCAGCACCACCGGGAACAGCUUGUGGCUGCUGUGGAAGACGCCUCCAUGGAGGACUCUGCCCACCCCACUCAGGAGGGAGCUGACCAACAAGCCGCUUCUGUCCUUUGGAGGCUGCUGGGCUCAGAAGCCCUCAGCCCCUCCCCAGGGGGUUUCCCCAACACCAGACAAAGUGAGCCACCCACAUCAGAAGAGGCUGCUCCCCAGAUCCCAGGCACAACUUCAGGAACACCUGGCAAACUCCCAGAGGCUUCACGGCCCGGCACAUACAAAGGCCUGGAGCAGGGGAUGACAACAACUUCUGGAUCCCAGGAACGGAAUGUACCCAUUCGGGUGGAGGGCACGGCCUGGCCAGGCGGAGGCACUGGGCAGCUGCUCUUGGAUGUGCACAGCCAAGUCAUCAUGGAGACCACACAGAGGACCUAUGUGUGCCAAGCUCCUGACACAGGUGUCACAAGGGCCCCAUCCAUGCAGGUCACUAUCGAGGACCUACAAGUACAAGUGGGUGACAUGGCACAGUUUGAUGCUGUCAUUGAAGGCAACCCACCGCCAACAGUGACCUGGUACAAGGACAGCAACCAGCUGGUGAACGGUACCCGGCUGAGGCAGCAGCAAGGUGGAACUACAUAUUCCUUGGUGUUGAUGGACGUGACUCCACACGAUGCCGGUGUCUACACCUGUGUUGCCCAGAAUGCAGGUGGACAGGUGCUGUGCAAGGCAGAGCUGCUGGUCUAUGGGGGGGACAAGUCAGAUGCUGAAAAGCAAGCCUAUCGGAGGAAACUGCAUUCCUUCUAUGAAGUUCAAGAAGAGAUUGGGAGGGGUGUGUUUGGUUUUGUGAAAAGAGUUCAGCAUAAAGGAAACAAGAUGUCCUGUGCUGCCAAGUUCAUCCCCCUGCGGAGCAAAACUCGGGCCCAGGCAUACCAGGAACGAGACAUCUUGGCUACCCUCAGCCACCCACUGGUCACUGGGCUCCUGGAUCAAUUUGAGACCCAGAAGACUCUCAUCCUUAUCUUGGAACUGUGCUCAUCCGAGGAGCUGCUGGAUCGCCUCUUCAAGAAGGCUGUAGUGACCGAAGCUGAGGUCAAGGUCUAUAUCCAGCAGCUGGUGGAAGGCCUACACUACCUGCACAGCCAUGAUAUCCUCCAUCUGGACAUAAAGCCCCCCAACAUCCUGAUGGUCCACCCAGCUCGGGAAGACAUUAAGAUCUGUGACUUUGGCUUUGCCCAAAAGAUCACCCCGUCAGAGCCACAGUACAGCAAGUAUGGCUCACCUGAAUUCGUGUCCCCAGAGAUCAUCGAGCAGAGUCCUGUGAGUGAGGGCUCAGACAUCUGGGCCAUGGGCGUCAUCUCCUACCUCAGCCUCACCUGUUCAUCCCCAUUCGCUGGAGAGAGUGACCGUGCCACCCUGCUCAAUGUUUUGGAGGGGCGGGUCUCUUGGAGCAGUCCCAUGGCUGCCCAUCUGAGUGAGGAUGCCAAGGACUUCAUCAAGGCCACACUGCAAAAGACCCCCAGGGCCCGGCCUAGUGCUUCCCAGUGCCUUGCUCACCCCUGGUUCCUGAAGUCCAUGCCUGCUGAGGAGGCCCACUUCAUCAACACCAAACAGCUCAAGUUCCUUCUUGCUCGCAGUCGCUGGCAGCGUUCCUUGAUGAGCUACAAGUCUAUCCUGGUGAUGCGCUCCAUCCCUGAGCUGCUCCAGGGUCCUCCAGACAGUCCAUCUCUAGGAGUGGCCCGGCACCUACGAGGGGAAGCCAGCGGAUCCUCUAGCUCAUCGUCUUCCUCGGACAAUGAGCUUGCCCCAUUUGCCAGGGCUAAGUCACUGCCACCUUCCCCUGUCACUCACUCGCCACUGCUGCACCCUCGGGGCUUUCUGCGGCCUUCAGCCAGCCUCCCGGAGGAGACAGAGGCCAGCAUGUCCACUGCUGAUGCAGCCAUGCCGGCACCCCCCCAGAGUGCUGGGCCUCCAGCAAGCCCAGGUUGUGUGCCCCGGCACAGCGUCAUCAGCAGCUUGUUCUACCAGCAAGCUGGUGAGGGUGCAGAGCGUGGGAGCAAAGCGUUGGGCGCCAAGAGGCACCCAGCUCGGAGACGCCACCUGCUAAAGGGCGGGUACAUUGCAAGGGCCCUGCCCGGGCUACGAGAGCCGCUGAUGGAGUUUAGUGUGUUGGAGGAAGAGGCUGCUAAUGAGGAGCAGGCCUCUCUGAUGACCAAGACACCCUCCUUUGAGACCGCUCUGCGACUACCUAGUUCCAAUGUCAGAGAGGUCCCAGGCCGAAGCCGCUCCCUGGACAACCCACCAGGCACAGCCAGCCCCUCUCCUGAGGCAUACAAGGAACAAUACCUGUCCCCACCCUCCUCGGGGUUGACUCAUGAAACCACCGCCAAGGGCAUGGGACACAAAGAAGGGUUCUUGCAGGAGUCUGUCCCCUUUUCACCUACCAGUGGUGACCUGAGGCCUGUUAAGCAAGAGGGGUCAUCCCAGGAUAGCUGUAGAGGGAAACCAGCCUCUUCCUGUCACUCUGAACUGGGUUCUGGUCCGCAGGAGGGCUGUGGCUCUCCAUCAUCACAAUUGUGUGGCUCCUUACCUCCACAGUCAUCGAAGAAAGAGCUCUCAAAACCCUGUGGCCCACUCUUUUCAGAACAGCCUCAGGCAGCCCCAUUCCCAGCGCAAGCAAGCCCCCUUCUGGGUUCUCAGAAGGAACCUCAGGAUAGCUAUCUACCUGAAAAGCCAUGUCCAGUUCCCUCCAGUUCUCCAGGGUCAGCCUCCCAAGUAGAUGCAUCCCUGGAUACCGAAGGCUUGUCGGAAGCUGGGGACACAUGUGACUUCACGCCUCCUCUCCAGCGGCCUCAGGAGCAGGCCACCACCCGGAAGUUCUCUCUGGAAUCCCGUGGGGGCUAUGCAGGGGUGGCAGGAUAUGGCACCUUCGCCUUUGGUGGGGAUGCAGGGGGGAUGUUAGGGCAGGGUCCCCUUUGGGCCAGGAUGGCCUGGGCUGUGUCCCAGUCCUCAGAAGAGCAAGAUGAAGCAGCGACUGAGAGCCCUCAACCUCUGGACAGCUCAGGGCCCAUUGCUGAGGCCAGUGGGGUUCCCCUAAGGACCUCGCCAAGCCUCACCCCAUGGGAGGAAGUUGAGCAGGUUUCCCUGGUACAGAUCCGGGAUCUGUCUGGUGAUGCAGAAGCAGCCGACACCAUCUCCUUGGACAUUUCAGAGGUAGAUCCUGCCUACCUCAACCUCUCCGAUCUAUAUGACAUCAAGUAUCUCCCGUUUGAGUUCAUGAUCUUCAGGAGGGUCCCCAAACCUGUAGAGCAGCCAGAGUCACCUGGCUCUGAAACUGAAGAGGGGCAAGGGCUGGCGGAGUUCCUGGAGGAGGCUGUGUGGCCCUGGCCAGGCGAGCUGGGACUGCGUGCUGGUCUGGAGAUUACAGAGGAGCCACAGGAGCCAGGGGACCUGGAAGCACUGCUGGGCGAGGCUGCUGUGGGCAGGAAGCGCAAGUGGUCCCCCUCCCGUGGCCUCUUCCAAUUCCCUGGGAGGUGCCUGUCAGGGGAGGAGCCCGUGGAGCUUGGGCUGCGCCAGAGGGUGAAGGCUUCCAUGGCUCACAUCUCCAGGAUCCUGAAGGGCAAGCCGGAAGGUCCUGAGAAGGAAGGGCCUCCCAGAAAGAAGGCAGGCCUAGCUUCUUUCCGGCUAUCAGGCCUGAAGGGCAGGGACCAAGCGCCAUCCUUCCUAAGAGAACUCUCUGAUGAGGCUGUGGUCCUGGGCCAAUCAGUGACACUGGCCUGCCAGGUGUUGGCCCAGCCAACUGCCCAGGCUACCUGGAGCAAAGAUGGGGCCCUUCUGGAGAGCAGCGGCCACCUCCUCAUCUCUUCCACCCUGAAGAACUUCCAGCUGCUGACCAUUCUGGUGGUGACGGAGGAGGAUCUGGGCACAUAUACCUGCUGUGUGAGCAACCCACUAGGGACAGCAGUCACCACAGGUGUCCUCCGGAAAGCAGAGCGCCCUUCAUCUUCUCCACGCCCGGAGGUGGGGGAACUAUACACGGAUGCAGUGUUGCUGGUCUGGAAGCCUGUGGAAUCCUAUGGCCCAGUGACCUACAUUGUGCAGUGCUGUAUAGAAGGAGGCAGCUGGACAACCCUGGCCUCUGACAUCUCCGACUGCUGCUACCUCACUGGCAAGCUGCCCCGGGGUGGCAUGUAUACCUUCCGGACAGCAUGUGUCAGCAAAGCAGGAAUGGGCCCCUACAGUAGCCCCUCAGAACAGGUCCUCCUUGGAGGACCCAACCACCUGGCUUCUGAGGAGGAAAGCAGCCGGGGGAGACCAGCCCAGCUUCUUCCCAGCACAAAGACUUUUGCCUUCCAGACACAGAUCCGGAGGGGCCGCUUCAGUGUGGUGAGGCAGUGUAGGGAGAAAGCAAGUGGGCGGGCCCUGGCUGCUAAGAUCGUUCCCUACCAGCCUGAGGACAAGACAACUGUACUAAGAGAAUAUGAGGCACUAAAGAGACUGCACCACCCACAUCUGGCCCAACUCCAUGCUGCCUACCUCAGUCCCCGGCACCUGGUGCUCAUCCUAGAGCUGUGCUCUGGCCCUGAGCUGCUACCCUCUCUGGCGGAGAGGGACUCGUACUCAGAGUCUGAUGUGAAGGACUACCUGUGGCAGAUGCUCAGUGCCACCCAGUACCUGCAUGCCCAACACAUCCUGCACCUGGACCUGAGGUCGGAGAACAUGAUGGUCACCGAGUACAACCUGCUUAAGGUUAUAGACCUGGGUAACGCCCAGAGUCUCAGCCAAGAGAAGGUCCCACCUCCUGAAAACUUCAAAGACUACCUAGAGACCAUGGCUCCAGAACUUCUGGAAGGCCAAGGGGCGGUUCCACAGACAGACAUCUGGGCUAUUGGUGUAACAGCCUUCAUUAUGCUGAGUGGCGAGUACCCAGUGAGCAGCGAGGGGACUCGCGACCUGCAGAAAGGCCUGCGCAAGGGACUCAUUCAAUUGAGUCGCUGCUAUGCAGGAUUAUCAGGGGGUGCGGUAGCCUUCCUGCAGAGUUCAUUGUGCGCUCGGCCCUGGGGUCGCCCGUGCGCUUCCACCUGCUUGCAGUGCGGGUGGCUGACGGAGGAGGGCCCCACCGGUUCCCGGCCCACGCCCGUGACCUUCCCCACCGCGCGAUUGCGUGCCUUUGUGCGCGAGCGCGAGAAGCGCCGGGCGCUACUCUACAAGAAGCACAACCUGGCUCAGGUGCGCUGAGGCCCAGCCCUACAGAGCAAGAUGUGCCCGCCAAUAAAAGAUGCAAAACAGCCA